UUGAUUGAAAUGACAUAUACAAUAUUUCAGAAACAAGCAGACUUAUCCCUUACAAGUACAACCAUAAUCUGACUCUUAAUAUAAGUAUAUCCAUUUCAAAAAUAAAUUAUCUUCAUUUCAGAUCCUAGAAUUUAGCCAUGUCAAUUGAAACAAAUUCUGUGGACAAAGGUGUCUGAAGCUUGAAGAGACAGAUCUUCAGUCAGCUCACUUUCCUUUCCUUUAGGAUCUUUAUUGGAAAUUUCUGCGUACCCAACUUGGAAAGGUCAAGUACCCCUAAUCCAGCUGCUUCUCAAAGGAUGACACUCUGAUUUACUGAGAGACAAUUUUCAACUCACUUAAAACACUUCUGGAGAGAAGGGAAAGAAGCUGCAUAGCCAAGGGGAUUCACCUACCAAAGGAUUUCACUUGAAUCACAUGUUGGGAAAUCUUAAAAAAAACUGCCAAGAAACAAAUUUUGAAAAAUGUUUUGGGUCUCAUUCAGCUCUCUGCUGGAAAGGAAACAGAAAAUAUUGCUGAAUCGAUAAAAUCAAGCUAUUCUGAUCACUGGAAAGUAUCAUCCAAAGUAGAAGCGGCCUUAGGUGACCUGUGAAAACGGUUCACUACUCACUGGACCCAGAAAACCCCACAAAAUCAUGCAAAUCAAGAGGCUCAAAUCUUCGCAUUCACUUUAAGAACACUGGAGAAACUGCCCAGGCCAUCAAGGGUAUGCAUCUCCGAAAAGCCACCAAAUACCUGAAAGAUAUCACAUUAAAGAAGCAGUAUGUGCCAUUCUGUCGGUACAAUGGUGGAGUUGGUAGAUGUGCCCAGGCCAAGCAGUGGGGUUGGACCCAGGGUCGUUGGCCCAAAACAAGUGCCGAGUUUCUGCUGCACAUGCUUAGAAAUGCAGAGAGUACUGCUGAGCUGAAGGGUUUGGAUGUAGAUUCUCUGGUCAUUGAGCACAUCCAGGUGAACAAGGCCCCCAAGAUGCGCUGCUGGACCUGCAGAGCCCACGGCCGGAUCAACCCGUACAUGAGCUCCCCGUGCCACUUCGAGAUGAUCCUCACUGAGAAGGAGCAGAUUUUUCCUAAGCCAGAAAAGGAGGUGGCACAAAAGAAAAAGAUAUCCCAGAAGAAACUAAAGAAGCAAAAACUUAUGGCUCGGGAAUAAACUCAGUAUAAAAUAAAUACGAAUUAAAAGAAAAAAAAAUUCUUCAUACCAAUAGUAUUUUUUCUGCUUGUUUAUACUAAUUUAGAAUUGAAACAUUAUUAAAAGUACAA